GGCUCCCACUUCCUGGGAAGAUGGCGGCGCCCGCAGUGUUAUGGCGGCGGCUCCGCGGUCCGGGGCUCAUGGCUCUCCUGGCUCGUCUGUGUGACAGGAACCGGGACCGAGGGGGCAGGACACCUUUGUUUCUUCUGGCUCCUCUCGUGGCUCCCACCGUCCCACCAGCCACUACCCAGCGCCCUCCUUUAGGUUGUGUUCGUCCUCGGGGAGCACAUCGAUUUCAAUGGUUGGGAGACCUGGUUCCAGAAUUUGGAAUCUCCAGCUCGAGUGUGAAGAUUCUCUCCAGUCCAGCAGAGUUCUACCAGGUCAUGAAAACUCAAGUGAAAGCCGCCAAGAAGCGAAUCACAAUGGCAUCUCUGUACCUGGGGACUGGUCCUCUUGAACAGCAGCUGGUGGACUGCAUAGAGGAAACCCUGCAGAAAACGAGCCAGACUGACCUCCAAGUCUCCAUUCUGCUGGACCACACCAGAGGGUCGAGGGGAAAGAAAAAUUCUCGUACCAUGUUACUCCCCCUGCUGCGUAGAUACCCAGACCGGGUACGCGUGUCUCUCUUUCACACUCCGAAUCUUCGAGGGCUCCUGCGUCUGCUUGCACCAGAGAGAUUCAACGAGACCAUUGGCCUCCAGCACAUGAAGAUCUAUCUCUUUGAUGACAAUGUUAUUCUAAGUGGAGCCAACCUGAGUGACUCCUACUUUACCAAUCGCCAGGACCGUUAUAUUCUACUGCAGGGUUGCCAGGACGUGGCGGAUUUCUUCAAUGAGCUGGCGAUGGCCGUUGGAGACAUUUCCCUUCAGCUUAAGCCGGAUGAUACAGUUCACACAGAAGAAGGAAUGGAGCACCCGUAUGAAGGCGACAAAGCCAAAUACUGUGAAGCUGCCGAGAGAAGAGUCUUGAAAGUGAUAGAGACAGCAAGACACAAGCAGUGCGAGCUGCACAGCGCCAGCUUCCAGAGCAGAGAGCCGGCCUUGGGCACGGAGCCGCCGGAUACAUGGGUUUAUCCACUGAUACAAAUGAAGCCGUUUGGAAUACAGAUAGAUGAGCUGGUCACAGAGACAUUGCUGACAGAGGCAGAGCGUGGAGACCAGCUUCAUCUGACCACCGGGUAUUUUAACCUGACGCAAGGUUACAUGGACUUGGUGCUGGGCACGAGGGCCGACUACAACAUUCUCUUGGCCUCACCCGAAGUCAAUGGCUUCUUUGGAGCUAAGGGUAUUGCAGGCGCCAUACCAGCGGCUUAUGUACACAUAGAACAUCAGUUUUACAAUGAGGUCUGCAAACAAGGACAGCGGCUGAGAGUCCAACUCCGAGAGUACUUCAGAGAUCAGUGGACUUUCCAUGCCAAAGGUCUGUGGCUGUACCCCGCCGGUAAAAGCAUGCCGUGCCUCACACUUAUUGGCUCUCCGAACUUUGGCUACAGAUCCGUUCACCGAGAUUUGGAAGCACAAAUCGCCCUCGUGACGGAAAACCAAGACUUGCAGCGGCAGCUCCAUCAGGAGCAGCAGCAUUUGUACGAGCCAUCUGCUGAAGUGACGCCGGCCACCUUCCAGCAUCCGAGCCGAUACGUCAUGCUCUGGGUGAAGCUGGUCACCCCGCUGAUAAAGAAUUUCUUCUGAAGUUCUGAGAGUGAAAUGUCAGAAAAGAAAGGGUGUGAAAAUACGUCACCAGCGCCCGAUCGUCUGGGGACCCCACCUAUGGCUGUAUAAACGGCGGCCGACCAUACAAGAUGACGUGGCUCAACACUUUGCCUAGUGGCACUGCCACUCCCUGACAGCAAGCGUGCGCCGUUACAUUCUGAGCGGCAGGGGAUUUGGCAUCGGUGGAGUUUCCCAGUUUCUGUGAGGAGACCUAGAAAGAGUUAAAGGGGUUGUCCUACAAAAAA